GCCUCUGGGUCGUUUUUAAAAACCAUGAUACUAAUUAAACAUUAAUGUUGUAAGACUUAUGAGACUUGGACCAGCCCAUGAGAUACCACUGAACCAGUGACCGAGUGACCUAUCUGGGUCCCAGUUAAAUGACGGUUGUCAAGCGUUGAACGGGCUAAACGUUCAGCUAAAAUGCACAGAGGGUGUUGUUGAAGCUGGACUGACUAUCUAACAAUGACAUGUAGGUUAUUGAAGAGACCAUUUCAUAUCAGUCGUUUGAAACCAUUUUCAGGUGAAGGAAUCAUCUAGUUAUGAAAAGGGUAUCUGGCUGAGUAAUCUGUUCAUGAUUUAUAAUGGCCAAGAGAUUUAUUAUAUUUUCCAUGGUUGCAUGCUUGCCACAUCCAUCUCCACCCGCCUCUCUCUAUUCAUGGAGAAAAUCAUUCCUACCUAAAUCAGUCAGUGAUCUAGAUAAAUCUUUCACUAUAGCAAUUAAUUCUUCAAAUGAAAAUUUGCAUCUACUGUUUAUUGUUGACUGUUUCACAACCUUGGGAAAGCUUCAAUUCAAGAUGAUAUAUGGCACACGUCAUAGAUUGAGGGAGUUAACAAUUGGCCAAUGUGCAAGGCUCCUAUCUGAGAUGGUCUAGAUUAACUGCAUCAUAGCUCCACAAGGCAGAAGUAGGUGGUGCCAUCUUAAUAAGUGAAGCUUAAUUAAUUGAACUUACUUACGCUUUACUACUACUACUUAGGGAAGGGGAUGGGGGGAGCGGCUGGGUUAGGUUUAGAUUGGCGAAGGCCACAACCCUAAUCCAACCUGUUAUAUAGGUUCGUACUUUUCAACCCUAAUCCUAAUCCAGACUUCAUUUCAAUUCAAACCAAGGCAACAUUUUUGGGUUAGGCUUGCAUUAAAUCAACCUAAGUUGCAUCCUUAUUUCUAUUCAUAUAUUCUUUCAGAAAUAUACUAAUCUCUGAAGUCGACGACCCAUAAUAAGGUUUGACAAUUUUGGUUGUCCAUUCUCCCUACCUACCUCUGAAUGUGCCACCCAUGAAGGUAGCUAUAGCAAAUUCAAAUCUAUAAAUAUGGCUGCAUAUAGCAUUUCCUUAACAUCAUACCACUAUCACAAUACCCAAAAAGAGAGAAAUGGGGCAUGCAACUUUGACGGCAUUAGUUGAGGAAAAGACACUUCCUCCAAGCUUUAUCCGCUGUGAAGACGAGCGUCCUAAGGUGGCUCACAACCAAUUCAGCAAUGAAAUCCCAGUUAUUUCUCUUGCUGGAAUUGAUGAAUCACAGGGUCGGAGAAUGGAGAUAUGCCAGAAAAUCGUAGAAGCAUGUGAGCAGUGGGGGAUAUUCCAAAUCAUCGACCAUGGCGUGGAUGGAAAUCUCAUCUCUGAGAUGGCUCGACUGGGUAGAGAGUUCUUUGCUUUGCCUGAAGAGGAGAAGCUCCGGUAUGAUAUGACUGGUGGCAAGAAGGGUGGAUUCCUUGUCUCUAGUCAUAUUCAGGGAGGAGCAGUCCAGGACUGGCGUGAGUUUGUGACCUACUUCUCGUACCCACUUCGCAGCCGGGACUACUCGCGGUGGCCGGACAAACCAGAGGGAUGGGUGGCGGCGACUGAGACCUACAGUGAGAAGAUGAUGGACCUAGCGUGCAGGCUGCUGGAGGUGCUAUCAGAGGCAAUGGGCCUUGGCAAAGACGAGCUUAGUAAGGCUUGCGUUGAGAUGGAACAAAAGAUUAUUGUCAACUUCUAUCCUAAGUGCCCACAGCCUGACCUCACACUCGGCGUCCAAAGACACACUGAUCCCGGCACGAUCACCAUUCUGCUUCAAGACCAAGUCGGAGGGCUCCAGGCUACUAGGGAUGGUGGCAAGACAUGGAUCACUGUUCAGCCCAUCGAGGGUGCAUUCGUCGUUAACCUUGGCGACCACGGUCAUUAUCUAAGCAAUGGGCGAUUCAAGAAGGCAGAUCACCAGGCAGUAGUGAACUCCAGCUGCAGUCGUCUCUCAAUCGCAACCUUCCUGUACCCAGCACCUGAGGCAAUUGUGUAUCCACUCCAGAUUAGAGAAGGAGAGACGCCAGUGCUGGAUGAGUCAAUCACAUUCACUGAGAUGUACCGAAGGAAGUUUUGUGGAGAACUGGAGCGUGAUAGGCUCAAGAAGCUCCCCAAGGACAAGCAGCUGGAAGAGAUGGAGAAAACCAAACGCCUGGAAGAAAUUCUUGCUUGAUUACUCUGCAACCCAGCUGAAAACCUUCUUGCUUAAUUUGUCAGCUUGUUAAUGGUUAAUUAUAUGAUUGUUCUACUUUCUGUGUUUCUGUCUUUUUUAUUGGUUUGAAUUUCUCUGUUUCUCUCUUGUUAUACUGUCCCACUAAUAUGUAUUGUGCAUUUGAAGUUUUCUUACUAAUAGAGAUUAUCUUAUGAUGAGUACACCCAUUAUUUCUAUCA